UCUAUUAAUUUUAGAUUUCUAUGCUUUUACUUUGUUGGGUGGGUUGGAUUUGAAGUGAAUAAGGCAGAUGAAACCAUACCCGGAUUAAUAAAAUCGAAACAGAGGCCGCAAUUUAGCGGUAGGAAAAGAAUUUGUACUGCCCUUCGAAGUCAGCGAAAGAUGGGCAUCGAAUGUUGAGUCUCUUCAGGGAGGAUUGGGACUGGGCUUUUUGGAGAAGGAAAACAACAUGGCUGCGGUUGAGCUCGAGUGGAUCCCAGAGUCACUAUAUAACACCGCUAUAUCGGUCGUGGUGGACAAUUACAUUCGAUCAAAGAAGGACAUACGCUUACUUCCAGAAAACAUACAGUUUGAUGUUUACUACAAGCUUUACCAGCAGGGCAGGCUCUGCCAACUGGGAGGGGAGUUUUGUGACCUGGAGGUGUUUGCUAAAGUUCUUCGGGCUUCUGACAAAAGGCAUCUCCUACACCACUGUUUCCAGGCCUUAAUGGACCAUGGGGUGAAAGUUGCCUCAGUGCUGGCCAACUCUUUCAGCCGCCGUUGCUCGUACAUUGAAGAUUCUCACACUCAGGUCAAAGAGAAGGCGAUCCAGUUCGGCUUUGUGCUUGGGGGGUUCUUGUCUGACGCUGGCUGGUAUGGCGAUGCUGAGAAAGUGUUUCUUUCCUGCUUGCAGCUGUGUGCUCUCCACAGUGAAGUGCUAUAUUGUUACAGGGCUGUGGAAUGUUGUGUCAGUAGGAUUCUUCAUGUGCGCAAUGGCAAUUGUAAAUACCACCUGGCGGAAGAGACCUUCAAGCUUGCUCAGUCUCUUAUGGAAAGGCUAGCCAAACAUGGGCACGAGGCCAACAAGGCAGCACUGUAUGGAGAGUUUUGUGCCUUGCUUUUUGCUAAAAGUCAUUAUGAUGAGGCAUAUAGAUGGUGUGUCAAGGCCAUGAAGGAAAUUACUCCAGAGCUGCCGGUAAAAGUAGUUAUUGAUGUCCUUCGCCAGGCUUCCAAGGCCUGUGUGGUGAAGAGAGAAUUCAGAAAAGCAGAACAGCUGAUUAAACAUGGAGUGUUUCUAGCAAGAGAACACUUUGGGGUCAAGCAUCCUAAAUACUCUGACACGCUGCUGGAUUAUGGGUUUUACUUAUUAAAUGUAGACAACAUAUGCCAGUCAGUUGCUAUUUACCAGACGGCACUGGACAUCAGACAGUCUGUAUUUGGAGGAAAAAACAUACACGUUGCCACAGCUCAUGAAGACCUGGCCUAUUCCUCCUAUGUUCACCAGUACAGCUCUGGAAAAUUUGAUAAUGCUCUAUUCCAUGCAGAACGUGCCAUCGAUAUCAUUACUCACAUUCUUCCUGAGGAUCAUCUGCUCCUGGCCUCCUCCAAGAGAGUCAAAGCCCUGAUCUUGGAGGAAAUUGCUAUUGAUUGCCACAAUAAGGAGACAGAAGAACGUCUACUGCAGGAGGCUCAUGAUCUGCACUUGUCGUCAUUGCAGCUGGCAAAGAAGGCCUUUGGAGAGUUCAAUGUCCAGACAGCCAAACAUUAUGGCAACCUCGGACGACUAUAUCAGUCCAUGCGAAAGUUUAAGGAAGCAGAGGAGAUGCACAUCAAAGCCAUCCAGAUUAAGGAGCAACUUCUGGGCCAUGAGGACUACGAGGUGGCACUCUCUGUGGGUCACCUCGCAUCCCUAUACAACUACGACAUGAGUGCCUAUGAAGAUGCAGAGAAGCUGUACCUGCGCUCCAUUUCUAUUGGAAAGAAGCUGUUUGGAGAGGGAUAUAGUGGGUUGGAGUAUGAUUACCGAGGCUUGAUCAAACUCUACAACUCUGUGGGUAACUUUGAGAAGGUAUUUGAAUACCACAAUAUACUAUCCAACUGGAAUCGCCUGAGAGACCGACAAUUUGCCGUCGCAGAUGCCCUUGAGGAUGUCAACACUACGCCCCUACUGACCCAGGAAGUGGUUCAUGGAUUCUUGUUUGUUCAAAGCUUACCUGACCAAACACCAAAUCCAGCCUUGGCUUGGUUGACAUAGUAGGAGAUCAAAAGACACAUUAUUCUCAGAAAGCGUGGAUGGAAACUGUUGAGAAAGUGGAUUUUAGUCUCCAAAACAAGGUUUGACAGAUCUGUAAGGGCCAAAAAAAAACACAAGUAAAUGGUGCUGAAGUGUAGUCCACAAUGUGCUUGAUUGACAUCCAGCUAAUGCUGUGAAUAUGUAAAAACAUAUAAAAACAACAACAACAACAAAGCUUUCCAUGCUGUUUUUGUAAUCUUCUGUUCAGAAAGAUGUCACUUUCAUUAAAAUUAGCAGGCGACACGUAUGGAUAAAAUUGUUGGUACCCAUGUGUUCUUGAAAGAAAACCCCAGUGUUCACAUCACUAACUUGAAUCUGGCAAAACAUUUGAAAGCUUAAGAAAAUUAAACAAUGAAAAUCAGACAGCUUUUUCAUUGUGGGUAAAAAAAAUAAUCUUUUCCUUUCAGCUCGUCACGUUAGGGGUCACCACAGUGACACAUCUUUUUCCAUCUAAGCCUCUCUCCUGGAUCUUCCUCUCGAACACUAACUGCCCUCAUGUCUUCCCUCACAACAUCCAUCAACCUUCUCUUUGGUCUCUCUCUCGCUCUUUUGCCUGGCAGCUCCAUCCUCAGCACCCUUCUACCAAUAUACUCACUCUCUCGCCUCUGGACAUGUCCAAACCAUCUAAGUCUGCUCUCUUGAACCUUGUCUCCAAAACAACUUUGGCUGUCCCCCUAAUGAGCUCAUUUCGAAUCCUAUCCAACCUGUUCACACCAAGCGAGAACCUCAGCAUCUUAAUUUCUGCUCUCUCUAGUUCUGCUUCCUGUUUCUUCAGAGCCACAGUCUGGAAUCCGUACAUCAUGGCUGGCUCACCACUGUUUUAUAAACUUUGCUCUUCAUCCGAGCAGAGACUCUUCUGUCACAUAACGCACCAGACACCUUUCGCCAGCUUUUCAAACCUGCUUGGAUUAAUUUCUUAAAGUCGUCCACUCUUGCCAUCUCUUCUCCCUGGGGCUCACUCUUCCCCCUCAAUCUCUUUCAUUCACUCACAUAUAUUAAAUUUUACUUUGGCUAAUCUUCAUUCCUCUCCUUUCCAGUGCAUGCCUCUAUCUUUCUAAUUGUUCCUCCACCUGCACCCUGCUUUCACUGCAUAUCACAAUAUCAUCUGCCAAUAUCAUAGUCCAAGGAGAUUCCAUUCUAACCUCAUGUGUCAGCCUAUCCAUUACCACAGCAAACAGGCAGGUGCUCAGAUCUGAUCCCUGAUGGAGUCCCACCUCCACCUGAAAUUCUGCUGUCACACCUUGGCACACCUUACCAUUGUUCUGCAGCCGUCAUAGAUGUCCUGUACUAUUCUAACAUAUUUCUCCGCCACACCAGACUUACGCAUGCAGUACCACAGCUCCUUGCUCGCAGAUACUUGUCUUGAGUCUAGCCUCCGCUACUCUUUCCCAUAACUUCAUUGUGUGGCUCAUCAACUUUAUUCAUCUAUAAUUCCCACAGUUCUGCACAUCACCUUUGUUCUUAAAAAUGGAAACUAGCACACUUUUCCUCCAUUCUUCAGGCAUCUUCUCACCCGUUAGUAUUCUGUUGAAUAGGUUGGUCAAAAACUCUACAGCCACCUCUCCAAAUUGCUUCCAUACCUCCACAGGUACAUCAUCACGACUAACUGCCUUUCCAUUUUUCAUCUUCUUUAGUGACUUUCGAUCUUCCUGCUUACUAAUCAUUGCUACUUCCUGGUCCUUCACACUUGCCUCUUCACACUUGGCUAUCUCGUCUUCCUUCUCAUUUUCUCAUUUUCUUCAUUGAUCAACUUCUCAAAGUAUUCUUUCCAUCUAUUUAGCACACCACUGGCACCAGUCAUCACAUUUCCGUCUCUAUCCUUAAUCACCCUUUCCGUCUGCACAUCCUUACCAUCUCUAUCCCUCUGUCUGGCCAAUCUGUCGAUCCUUUUCUCCUUCUUUCGUGUCCAACCUGGUGUACAUGUCGUCAUAUGCCUCUUGUUUAGCCUUCACCACCUCUACCUUUGCCCUACCUUGCAUCUCAAUGUAUUCCUUUUGCCUCUCCUUGGUCCUCUCAGUGUCCCACUUCUUCUUGGCUAAUCUCUUUCCUUGAAUGACUUCCUUUAUUCUGGGGUUUCACCACCAAGUCUCCUUCUCCCCUUUCCUACCAGAAGACACACAGAGUACUCUCCUGCCUGUCUCUCUGAUCACCUUGCCUGUAGUGGUAGUCUUCUGGGAGCUCCUCCUGUCCAUUGAGAGCCUGUGUCACCUCUUUCCGAAAGGCCACACAACAUUCUUCCUUUCUCAGCUUCCACUACAUGGUUCUCUGCUCUACCUUUGUCUUCCUAAUCAUCCAACGCACCACCAUCCUAUACUGUCAAGCUACACUUUCCAUUACAAUCUGCACCAAUAACAACUCUCUAUCUGGGAUGCUCAGAACUACUUCAUCUAGUUCCUUCCGGAAUUUCUCUUUCAACUCUAGGUCACAUCCUACCUGUGAGGCAUAGCCGCUAACCACAUUAUACAUAACACUCUCAAUUUCAAAUUUCCUCAUCACUCGAUCUGAUACUCUUUUCAUCUCCAAGACAUUCUUCGCAAACUCUUCCUUUAAAAUAACACCUCUUCCCAUCUACUCCAUAUUAAAACAAUUUAAACCCUGCUCCUAAACUUCUAGCCUUACUCCCUUUCCACCUACUCUCUUGGAUGCAUAAUAUAUCACAACCUUUCUCCUAAUUAUCAUGUCAACCAACUCCUGAGCUUUUCCUGUCAUAGUCCCAAUAUUCAAAGUGCCUACACUCAGCUUUAGGCUCUGUGGAUUUUUCUUCUUCUUCUACCGAUGAAUCCCCUUUGUUCUUUUUCUUCGACCCACAGUAGCUCAAUUUCCACCGACGCCCUGCAGGUGAAGGGUACCGGGGCGGGCGUUGUUGACCCAGACUCUUUUGACCCGGAUUCUUUUGAUGAACACUCAUCUUUGUUUGGCACAGUUUUUGUGCCGUAUGCCCUUCCUGACAGAACCCUCUGCAUUUAUCCGGGCUUGGGACCGGCCUACAAAUUGCACUGGCUUGUGCCCCCAUCGGGCUGCAUUUAUUCUUUUUUUAUGAUUACUUUUGUUGGAUUCAAGUUAUGUGACCACUGUGGAUGUUUUAUUUCAUUAACUGAGGGGUACUAAAAAGUUUGUGCACGUGUGUACUGCAUCUCAUCCUUAUGGUGGACAACAUAUCUUAUGAGCAUGCACCUUCUCACUUUCUGCACAUUAAACCUUAAACUGAUCGUGUUUUUCCCCCUUCACAGUCAUAGUUUAAAAUUGUGAAAUGUGGAUAUCCAUUUAGAAGAUAAAUAUGCCUUUACAAUCAUGCCGCAGUCUUACAAGAUUAGUUUCAACCUGGGUUGUAGUUACAUGGGAGCCAAGCCUCCACAAAGCAUUCCUGAGUUCCCAGUAAGCAGUAAGUUCAUCAAACUUUGGAGACAUUUUGUCAAUGGUCAAAAUUUAUGAUUUUAUUGAAGUGUUGCAUGUUCUCAUUUAAAACCAUAAUUUGUGGAUUACAAUAUUGGCAGUGUUAGACCACCAAUUACACUUUAAUGCGUGGCUUUGUGCCUGCCAAUUAAAUCAUAGAUUCUGAAUUUGUCUUUUUAGAGACAGAGAUUUUUUGUUUUAUUACAUCUCACUUGAAAAUUAUGAGCUCCAAGGACUGCGACUGAAGUCUGUCAUUUUGGUGCAUUUUAUCUGCAGUGAGACAAAGAUUUUAGGUCAAUGAGUCUCCUGUAUUAUGUGCUGAGCAACAGUCGGUCAUAUUUUUUCACGGAGACACUCUGACAGUGUAUGCAUGUGUCCUCAUGAUAAGUCAAACCCUGGUUUUACACACAUACACACACACACACACACACCAGUUGGAUGUGUUUUUUUUCUUCUUGAGAAAAUAGGAAGAACUUCUAAAAUAUGGAUGACCCAUUUAGUAUGUUUUUGUACACACACAAAUAGAAAUACACAGGCAACUCAGUUAUUUCCCCACAGAGGCCCAAAUCAUUCCAUUUAGAAAAAAAGAAGUAUUCUGAAAAUGAAGAUCUUUUGUUCGUGGAUGCAUUCAUUCCAAAGGAACAUGUCUUAAAAUGUAGGAAGAUUCUCCAUGUAGAGUCUGAUGAUAACACUGUGAAAUACAUCAAUAUUUUGGUUCAAGUUUAAACUGUAGCUGUGGAUCAGGAUAUCCAGAAUUUCGGAUGCAAAAAUGUUCACAAAUCAGUGCUAGCUUUCAGUAGUUUGAUGUUGAAACAGAACCAUUCUUAAAAAGUGCUAAAUAAAUUUUACUACAUUCA